UUCAACAUCAUCAACAGUUAGUCAGACACCUCGGUAGCUAGCUAGACAAAAUAACCGAACCAAUAAAGCUCUUUAGAUGCUUUCGUGAAUAUUAACCACUGUGUUUUAAACCCUCUUCUGUUGUCUAGUUAGUUAUCCGAUUUAAUUUAAUAUUUACGGUGUUGUUAUUAGUCAGCUAGCGGGCUGGUUAAGUUAGCAUUAGCAUAGCUAGCUAACAUUCCCGACCAUGAGCUCACUAAACUACUCUCGUCCUGCAAAAGAAGAGGACGUCUGCUGGACGGAGAAAGGGGGUCUGUGGCUAAACGUUGUCGUGAAAGAGGAGGAAGAGGAUGUCUCAAUACAAAAACAAGUAGAGGGUGAGGAUGUUACAGUGAAAGAAGAAGAGAAAGACGUUUCAGUGAAAGAAGAGGAAGACGCUUUCAGAGUGAAAGAAGAGGAUGUUACAGUAAAAGAAGAGGAGGAAGAGAAAGAGGAGGAAGCCGUUUUUGGAGUGGAGGAGGGGGAGAUGACUGUCACAUUGGAAGAAGAAUCUGAAGAGGAGGACACUGGAUAUCUGGGCUCGGUUUCCCAAAGGCAUGUUAAGCCAUCCUAUGGUUCUAACGAUGAACGGGCCCUGGUUAACACUAGAGAGAGACGGGACUAUCGUGGGACCUCUGGGGAGCCUCAACAACCUCAUGAUGCUGACGAGGCAGAGAAGAGUCUCUCCAGAUCAGAACACCUCAAGAAACACCAGCGGAGAUCCACAGGGAAGAGAACUCACUGCUGCUCUGACUGUGGGAAGAGAUUCACCUCCUCAUCAGGCAUUAAAAUUCAUCAGAGAAUCCACACCGGAGAGAAAUCUUACGGCUGUGAUCAAUGUGGGAAGAGUUUUGUAAAAUAUAGACAUCUGAAGAUACACCAGAGAACACACACAGGAGAGAAAUCAUAUAGCUGUGAUCAAUGUGGGAAGAGUUUUACUCAGCUAAGCAGCCUGAUAUCACACCAGAGAACACACACAGGCGAGAAACCUUAUAGCUGUACUCAAUGUGGGAAGAGUUUUACUCAGCUAGGCAUCCUGAUAUCACACCAGAGAACUGUCGUGACGUUGCAUUAGUUAAUGUGACAACUGUUGCUCAUCGAAUGAUUAAAUGUUUCUAAUUGUGUGAUUAAAUGAAUCAAGCAAUUAUUAACUCAUUAACCUGGAGCACCAUGGGAAAAUUAGUUUUAUUGAGUUUCUAUUUCCCAAAUUAACUCAAAGAACAUCAGAAUAUCGAUUUUACAACAGUCGCUAAUUAAUCAGUUUCCUUUACAAUCUCAUUCUGAACAUUGUAUAAUCCGGGAAUCUGCACGAACCCGGGUCUCACCAAUGAGUUCGUACCACACCAAUCUUAGUUGAGUAUUUAUUUACUAGAAAGCUAAAAUGAUGAUAAAAGAUACACAUACACCAAAAACACAUUCUAGGCUAUUGAUUAGAACUUAGUAUAACAGGCCAACACACUAUGGCAUGUGUUACCCAAAAUGGGGAUUUAAAAGAGAGAGAAAUAUACAUUUGGGUGCAUUUGUCAGCUGUGCUUAUUUUAACCCUAGCCUUGCCCCAAACUGCCGCUCUAAUGGGUCAGAAUAUAAUGAUGUAAUUACCUGUGGGAGGUCUCAGAUGCGAAGCUCCGCGUGGGUUGUUUAGGCUUCUCAAUGACGCACUUCCCUGGUGCAACUCUCUGGUCGUCCUCACGAUGUCAGUGUCCAUUUGGUCUGAUUCCUCGCCCUUGCUCUGGGAGGAGUCUUCUGAGGACAGACAGAUCUGUAGCUCAGCGCUCACAGCAUAGGAGUGAAACAGUGUAGAUACCACGAUUUGAUGGAGAGUGGAGGUUAGGUGGUCCAGCUUGAAUUCACCCGCUGAGACACAGCUACUCAUCAGUAGCAUGGGUAGAAAAAUAUGUCUUUGUCUUCAACCUUGGGUUGAGUUUUGGGUUCGUUGACUUUUUAGACCUUGGCUGCAGCUUAGUCUGAUUCUGCCUCACAGGUCUUAUACCCUCGGGUCAGAAGUGGGCGUAACCGCCUUUAGGGCAAUUCUCUGGGCGUACCAAGUCAAGAGGCAUGGUCUAGAUUUUACUCAAAUCCAAUUUUAGACAACUAACUUCACAUUUCGUCUUUACCAAAACAUUCUCUUUGAUUUGAACAUUUUCCACACAAUGUCCAAUGUAUAAACAUCAAGAGUAUCCUAGGAAAACUCUUACAGUUACAAUGUUUUUGUAAUAACGUAAUCUAUUAACCUAUAAUAACAAAACUAAAAUGACAUAUAUUUCCAUAUUCCAUCUAUCGUCAUGACCACCAUUGUGGCUGACGGAAAUCAUUGUUCCAAAGUCUUUUUAUUGCAUGUUUAAUGUUCUGAGGCUGGUUCUCCAUAGUGAGAGGACAAAGGAAUGUUGUCUGUGGCCUAAGAUUUACCAUGGGCGUGAGGGGUCAUAAAACCCCCGCAUCUUCAGACCCCUAGAUCUCUCCUCCUCUGUUGAGGAUGAGAGAUAAACUGUAGGGUUGUGGUCUCCUGUAACCUGACCACACCAGAGAACACACACAGGAGCGAAAUCCUAUAGCUGUGAUCAAUGUGGGAAGAGUUUUGUUCAAUCUAGCCAUCUGAAGAUACACCAGAGAACACACACAGGAGAGAAACCUUUUUUGCUGUACUCAAUGUGGGAAGAGUUUUGUUCAAUCUGGUGAUCUGACAGUACACCAGAGAACACACACAGGAGAGAAAUCGUAUAUCUCUAAUCAAUGUGGGAAGAGUUUUGUUUCAUCUACGGCUCUGGCAGUGCACCAGAGAACACACACAGAAUAGAAAUCGUAUAGCUCUAAUCUAUGUUGGAAGAGUUUUACUCAGUCAAACAGCCUGGUACAACACCAGAGAACACAUACAGGAGAGAAAUAUCUUAGCUGUGACCAGAGAUAAUCUGAUAAAAGAUCACAGAUCAAAUAUCAGAAAGUACAUACAUGAAGGAGUUGUUUCAUGAUAUCAAUGAAUUAAUAUCACAAUGUAAAAUGUUUUAACAUUGUAGAAGGAGUAUUUUAAUAUUGUCACAAUGUUGAAGCAUAAAUGUUUGCCCCUUUAUCAAUUGAUUACAACAUGAUAUGGAUAUUAGCCUCAGGGGAAAUCCAGACUCUGAUUUGAUAGUUGUGUUGUGUUACACUUACCACGUUGGUGACCCACUGGAAUCAAAAUGUAACACUUCAAAAUGUAGCUGGCUGUUUUCUACAAAUUGUCCUCUAACCAGUGAUGUUUACAUUAUUCCCAAAUUCCGUGUGGUUUUUGAGCUGUUGGUUUUAACAGGAUGUGCAACCUCAUCUCCCUCCUUUUGCACAGUUGAUUUCAACGUGAUAUCGAUGAGUGAUGACAAAUAAGUUUUGUGUUCCUUUGUUUAGUGACCCCUAAAUUGAAAUGCAUCACUCCAAAAUGUAGCUGACUGUCUUCUGCAGGUUCUCCUCUAACCAGUGAGGUUAAAGAUAUCUCCCAUUUCCAUGUGUUUUUAUUUUAGUUGUGUUAGUUUCAAGAACACAUACAACCUAAUUGAAAUCAUUGAUUUAUUGCUACUUGUCAAAACAACAGUGUUUUUGGUGCUUGUGCAGUUUAUACAGUGCUUGUUUAAAAAAAUACAAGUAAUAUGAUUAUUGUGGCAGAUGUUUGUGUACAUAGUACAUUUUAUGUUUAGGUUUUCAAUUCAUCCCAAACUGUUUCUGCAUAUUGGUUAUUGAUUUGGACACGUUAACACUGUGUUUUGACAUUGUGCUUUCCCACCUAGCAAAAUGUAAUUGAAAAAAUGUUGAAAAGAAGACUAUGCCCGACGUCCAAUAUACGUUCGGUUGAAAAUAUGUAUUUUCUGGUAGUUUUUUCAGUGAUUUGAAAAUAACUUAAUUUCAACUUACUUGCAGGUAGCCGAGUGGUUAGAAUGUUGGGCCGUCAUUGUAAGCCAGAAGUUGUUCUUAACUGACUUAUUUACAAUGAUGAUCUACCGGGGAACAGUGGGUUAACCGCCUUGUUCAGGUGCAGAAUGACAGAUUUUUACCUUGUCAGCUCGGGAUUCAAUCCAGCAACCUUUCGGUUCCUGUUAAAUGAAGGUUAAAAUAAAUAAAUAUACAUGGAUGCAGUAUAAUAAAUUGGUCUAUAAUCAAUUUUAUUAACCAUCUUUCAAGUAUUUCUUGACAACAUUCAAGUGCUAAUUGUCUUUAUUCCACUACUGAAGAAGCAUGACUCAAAUCACCUCAUAUUUCAAACAUUCAGCCUGACAAAAGAUACAUGUUUUAUUAUUCCAUGCCUCACCGUUAAGUUAAUUAUUGCCAACACAUUAACAAAGGGGUGUAUAUUUGGUUUUGAUAAUUCAUAUAACAUUUAGUAAUUAUUUAUGCAACCAACUGACAAUUUUUGGGUACAAUUAUAUUGACAUUGUUGCCCUGCUUUUAGAAUAUCAGGGUUCAUUCUCAGAUGUACCAACCCAAAUGUACUAGAGCAUGACAUUGGGGACUGGGCCCAGAUCCAACAACAUGCCUAUCCAGUGAACCCUGAAAAGAGAGAGAAGCUCCGCAGUGAUGUGGAAAGUUACUACGGAUAUUGCAGGAGUUUCCUCUUGAAAUCAGACAUGUCUGUGGUAAGGACAACUUGGUUGCUGAUUGUCUCAAGGGUGGGCAGUUAAAAAUAUUUGUGUUUAGCCAGUGGGUUGCCAUGGAUCACAAUUUAUUUUGACUGCAUGUUUUUCUGUAUUGGAGAUGAGUUUUGUUUGGGCUCGUUCCAAGGGGACGAGAGUUCCAGAAGCUAGUGAGUUUUAGGAAGAGGAGAGUUCUGGAAGCUAGUGAGUUUUAGGAAGAGGAGAGUUCUAGAAGCUCGUGGGGGAAUUUUUUUCUUCAUGUUUUUAAUUUUUGACAGCCAAUGGAAACCAUGUUUAUAGUUGAUAAUGUGAAAUAGAAAAAUAUAGGAUAUAUUUGUUGUCCUAAGGGGGAAGGUGUUACAGGUUUUGGUUUUUAGCACGUAUGACGCACUGAUUGGUGUCACACCUGUGCUGGCUUGUCCAUCUCGUUAGUGGGAAGGUGUUUCACCUGAGCUGGUCCAGGUUCUAUUUAAGAGUGUCUGGCCCAGUGUUCCAGUUGUUUUGAUAGAUAUGGAGAGUCAACACCUUUUUGGUUUUCUUCCUGUCUAAGUUUGGUGUGGGUUUUUCUUUUGUUUGACUCUUCUUGGGCAGAUUUGGUGGGUGUCUUUUAUGUCCCAGUUGUUGUUACUAGUCAACUUUCAGUGUACACCCCCAUAGUGUCUUUCAGAACCCCUCCUAAAACCACACCUGUAGUUUUGGUUGUUGUCAAUGACUCUUUGUUAGAUCCCUCUUCUAUGUAAGGGACAUUUUUGGUUUUCUUGCUGAGAAACACAAACAAUGGAGUAAAACAAGCUUCAAGAUUGCAUCCAAUUCUUACUAUUUUAAUCGGUGGUAUUUCCAUAGAAUGCUCAGUCUUUCAGUUGUUAAUCUUCUGUUUUUUAUCCACUUAUGUUUGAUUGGUAAAUAAUUGUUUAUUUUCAUUUUUUCCUGUGAAGCCAUUGCAUUGCAUCCAUGUCUGAAAUGUGCUGUAUAAAUAAAGCUUGUUUUGAUAACAUAUUACAAAUUAA